GUCCCUUUAAAUGGGGACGCUGGUGCUGGCUCCCUAACACGCGAGCCGGCAGCUUGUUGAUUUCAGAGCUGGUGAAUUUCACAUUGUUUCCACUUCACUUUCCUCGCCCCGAGGGAGGCUCGGUUGGCGCUCGGGCCGCGGUCGCCGCUGCCAGCGAGGGCCACGGGAGGGCAAGGACCUGCAGGACCGGGGCCGGCGUGGGGCGCAGGAGAGGGUGUCGGGGCCACACGCGCACUCGCGCUGCAGUCCAGCUCCUUCCGAAGCCGGGACGCCCGGAGCGCACGGAGCCGGGACCGCCCGCCUAGGCGCCCGCCCUCCAGCCCGCCCACGGUCCCGGCCGCAGCCCGGGAGCCCGCGAGGGGAGGAGGCCCAGGGGGCGGGGUGGGGGGCGGGGGUGGGUGCCGCUGCCGCCGCGGAGCUGCUGCUCGGCGCGUUUUGCAUGAAGAUGGCGGCUCCCACCGCCAGCAAGGCAGCCUCCCUGGGCUGCAACAACAAGCCGACGUUCCCGGAGCUGGAUUUCAGGUCCGGCGCUCGGGUGGAGGAAUUGAACAAACUCAUCCAAGAAUUCACGAAGCACGACCAGCGGGAAUACGACGACCAGAGAGCGCUGGAGAUCCACACAGCCAAGGAUUUCAUCUUUUCCAUGCUGGGAAUGGUGCAGAAGCUGGACCAAAAACUUCCAGUGGCCAAUGAGUACCUGCUGCUCUCUGGGGGAGUCCGGGAAGGCGUGGUGGACCUAGACUUGGAUGAGCUUAAUAUCUAUGCCCGGGGGACUGACUACGAUAUGGACUUUACCCUUCUGGUGCCAGCCCUUAAGCUGCAUGACCGUAAUCAGCCAGUGACACUCGAUAUGCGCCACUCAGCCUUGUGCCACUCUUGGCUGAGCCUCCGGCUCUUUGAUGAGGGGACGAUCAGUAAAUGGAAAGACUGCUGCACCAUCGUGGAUCACAUCAACGGUGCCACCAACUACUUCUUCUCCCCAACCAAAGUGGCCGACUGGUUCUAUGACUCCAUCAGCAUCGUCCUAUCAGAGAUACAGAAGAAACCCCAGCGAGGGAUGCCAAAGGUGGAGAAGGUAGAAAAGAAUGGGACCAUCAUCUCCAUCAUCCUGGGUGUGGGGAGCAGUCGCAUGUUGUACGAUAUUGUCCCGGUGGUGUCUUUCAAAGGCUGGCCUGCAGUGGCCCAGAGCUGGCUCAUGGAGAACCACUUUUGGGAUGGGAAGAUCACCGAGGAAGAGGUCAUCAGUGGGUUUUACUUGGUGCCUGCUUGCUCCUACAAGGGUAAGAAGGACAAUGAGUGGCGGCUGUCCUUUGCCAGGAGCGAGGUGCAGCUGAAGAAGUGCAUCUCCAGCAGCCUCAUGCAGGCCUACCAGGCCUGCAAAGCCAUCAUCAUUAAACUCCUGUCCCGGCCCAAGGCCAUUAGCCCCUAUCACCUGCGGAGCAUGAUGCUCUGGGCCUGCGACAGACUUCCCGCCAACUACUUGGCUCAAGAAGACUAUGCAGCCCACUUUUUACUGGGCCUCAUCGAUGACCUGCAGCACUGUCUGGUCAACAAGAUGUGUCCCAACUACUUCAUCCCUCAGUGCAACAUGCUGGAGCACCUGUCGGAGGAGACGGUCAUGCUCCAGGCGCGCAAGCUGUCCUCCGUCCGCUCUGACCCCGCAGAGCACUUGCGCACGGCCAUCGAGCAUGUCAAGGCCGCCAACCGGCUGACGCUGGAGCUGCAGAGGCGGGGGAGCACCACCAGCAUCCCCUCCCCGCAGUCGGACGGAGGGGACCCCAACCAGCCUGAUGACCGUUUGGCCAAAAAACUGCAGCAGCUAGUGACUGAGAACCCGGGGAAGUCCAUCUCUGUCUUUAUUAACCCUGAUGAUGUCACCAGGCCCCAUUUCAGAAUUGAUGAUAAAUUUUUCUGAGCAUUUUGCUGCCUUUUGGUUUUCCUGGUUCUAAAACUUGCAUCAUGUGUCUUGUGGUCCGUGCCGCUGUCUUUCCGUUUUCUACACAUCCAGCCUAGAUUGGAUCUGUUAAGAACACAUUGGAAGUCUCCUGUUUUGCAGGGUGGUGCAGGCUCUGAAACAGUAUAUUACUAUUUCAUACGCUGCCUCUGGUUUUGUUUACUGUUUAUAGUUCUUUUCACAUAGUUCAUUUUUGUUUUGUUUUUUAAGGAGACCUUGAGCCAUAGACUGAGAUGCCCAUGAAUUCUCUUGCUUUUUUUCUGUUUCAUACUUUGUGCAAAUUUGUUAAUGGGGAUAGGGAAACAGACCUCAUUCUGACACAUAAGGAUUCUAUUAUUUUUUGUUUUGUUUUAUUUGUCUUUAUUUUCUUUUCUUUUAAUGAGCUAUCUUCACUACAGAUAUUUGGGAGUCACCUGAAGGUGGGAACUACCCUGUAUGCUAGCUGGAUUGAAUUCUUCUGACCAGUGGCCAGAGUAGUUUCCCCUUCCCACCUAGCAAUGUCGACUUUGAAAGUGAUAAUGCUACAGAUUCUGUUUUGGAGCAACUUCAUUGAAUGUAAUGGUCCUCAAAUCAGAACUUCGGAUGGUUUGGAGGGAAUGUUUGACAGCUUUCCAAACAGAAUUAAGGUUCCCAAAUGGUAGUUUUAGUGUGUGUAAUUAUUUGAAGUCUUAUUUAAAUAUUAUUAAAGAACAUACCAUUAUAAUUGUUAUUUGCACUAAUGAAAUCUUUUACAUUGUCAGAGUUCCAAUGUGUGUGUUUCAAUAUAAAUUGACAUCUUCUGUUGAAAUGCUGUCAUAUAUUUUUUUUAAAUUUAGCCCAUUUCUUGCAAUCAAUGGAAUGAUUCUUUACAUUUGUUUAGUCCUUUCAUGAUGGGCUUCUGUUUUGCCCUCUUUGAUAUUCCUGGUUCCUAUCUUACUGAGAGAAGUUUUUAAAGCUUUAUACCUGCUGAGUGACUUUAUCUGAAGCUGGGUAAAAUAUAUACUUGAUAGAAUAGGUGUCUUUGUAUGUAUUUCUUUUGGGGUUAUAGAGGUUAGCUUUUUUUGUAAAGUCUCUUUGCUUCUACUGAGAGUUUUGAGGAAAACUGGCAGGAAGAAUUUAUAAUCCCCAAAUAGAAGAUAUCAUGCCUGUUCCAAAACAGGUUUUGCUAUAGAGCAGGAACCAGGACAUGUCUGUGGGCACCAGCCUUGGAGUAGAGCUAUCCUGUCUUCAUGAACGAAGUUUCCUGCCGGGUUUAGGUGCCACAUGGCAUUGGCUCCGUUUUUGUAUGGACUCAUUGCCAACUGUGGGGUUUGAGAGGUCAGGGGGCCUGCUGAUCUCUCAAAGAUGACCAUGAUGUCUACUACUGGAAAGGUCAAGCAACAUUUUGACUUUGAUCUUGAAUGUCCAGACCUACAGGUUUGAUCGAAAUCAGGCAUAUGCGGUCCUGGGUUUUUGCAUGGGAAUUAAUGUAAUGUUUAUAAAUGAAAAUGAAAUCCUUCAACCAUCUUUAGUCAAACACGCAAAAAAAAAAAAAAAUCAUAAUAAAAGAAACAUACUGGCCUUGGAA